AUGGCUUACGUCAAGGAUCGACAUCGAGGCCCAGACGUCACCUAUACCACAGGUUCAGUGCAUCUCGCGGUCAUUGAAUGGGGCAGAAAACGGCCACAAGACAUUGCACUACGUAUGGGAAGUGAGGUCCUGACUUAUGAGAGACUAGUAGAACGUGCCAGCGCCGACUCACAAAAGCUGUCGAAGCAAGGGCUAAGGAGCGGACAUGUUAUUGCUAUUGGCAUUCCGCGCAGUCUGGAUCUCGUUGUCACGAUGCUCGCAGUGCUAAUGACAGGAGCUCCAUACUGCAUCCUGGACGAACGCUGGCCAGCAACAUGGAUUGAAAAAGUGCUUCAAGACAUCGAUGCAGUGGAGGUCUUGACAUAUGCGUGGGGAUCUCUUCAAGUCGAGGCGAGGAUUAAACUUCAGGCAGUAACCAGCGACUCCAAACACUUGCAACUUACUGAGGGCUUGGAUGCACCUUUCUGUAUUUAUCACACCUCUGGCACGACUGGACGGGCAAAAGCCGUCAUCACAACUCAUCGUGGAGUUUUAAGAACUCUACUUGCACCACGGUACCCAACAGUGUUUCCAUCGAUUGUAAUGGUAUGCACAGCCGCUCUCCCAUGGGAUAUGUUCACGCUAGAAGUGUGGUUUCCACUCCUACAUGGAGGAACUUGUGAGCUGAUCAGUGAGCUGACUCCCCGAGUUUUCAAAACGCCAGGUCUAACGACAGCGUGGCUGACGGCUGCACGGUUCAACGUGCUUGUAGACGAGGACAUUGAUUGUUUCAAGAACAUUAAAGAGUUACUCAUUGGUGGCGAGCGACUGUCUGUUUCCCAUGUCAGAGCUUUCCUUCAGAGGCAUCCUCACAUAAGUCUAAUCAAUGGAUACGGUCCCGCAGAAGCCAACAUGCUGGCAACGACUCACCUCAUACAGUUGUCGGACUGUUUGAGAGCGGAUGGUAUUCCCCUCGGACAGCCUCUUCCUGGUACUGAAAUUCGACUAGUGCGCAGAACCACGGAUUGUACAGUGGUUUUGGCAGAAGAGGGAGAACAAGGCGAGAUAGCGAUAGCGGGCGAUGCUUUGGCCCAAGGAUAUUCCAAAACGUCAAACAAGGCAAAUGAGAGUUUUUCGGUGUCACUGACAUUAGGUUCAGAGGCUGACGAGGCAUGUACCGAGCGACUGUAUUAUCUUAGUGGCGACUUGGGCAUUUGGGACAUCGAAGGAAAUCUUGCGUUCCGAGGUCGACGAGACUUCCAGUUUAAAUUGCAUGGACAACGUGUAGAUCCACUUGAGAUCGAGGCUGCGAUCGUAAGCACAGACUUUGUCUCCCAAUGCAUUGUGUCGGUACAGUCAACUCCGAAAGGGUCAUCAAUUCUGACUGCCCACGUCGUUGCGGCUAAUGGUGAGCUCAAAGUCAACAAAAAAGCUCUGCUUGAAGCGCUUGCGAAAGUAUUGCCAGCAUAUCAAGUACCAAGGGUAAUCGUGCAAAUAGCCCAACUUCCAUUGACCGCCACAGGCAAGGUCGAUCGCAGCAAUUUGACCAUUCCAUCUAAUUAUAGCAUGAGUGACGAUGAACGUCCGGCUCGCCAUCCUUCGACAAACAUUAGGAUAUCUGAAUGUGACAGCGCAUACCUGACGACUGUCAUAUUGGGUCAUGCCACCAACUUGUUGGGAUGCGAAUCCCUUUCCAUUGACGAUGAUCUGCUGGAAAAAGGAUUGGACUCACUGGGAGCAUUUCGGCUUGCCUGCCGCACCAGUAGUGGCUUUCCAGACCGUCAAAUACUCGCCAGUGACAUUAUUCGGCACCGCACUGCAGGUCGAUUUGCUGCAGCAGUUCAUGCAAAAGAACUCAAACGUUCGAAGACAACCUUUGAUGCGAAAGUAUCUCGGAGCCCAGUCUCAAAAGAGAUUGACGAGAAAGAAUGGUCUACCCCUUGGCUUCAAACGCAAUGGCUCACGGGCAUGGUUGCACCUCACCGACAAGAGGCAUGUCUGAACGUAUUUGCGUAUCACUUCAACCAGUCGUCAGAUAUUGAACGUUUUCAUGUGGCAUUUGAACACGUUGUAUCACGCCAUGACGUCCUUCAUACGACAGUAUGGUAUAGCGCCGAGCACUUCGGCUUUCGCUCAAGCCUGAUAUCUGUGGCCAAGGCGCUCAGCUUCCACAGAACAUACUGUCACGACAGGGUGCUUGAUCCUUCAGAGAUACAAGAGCAUGCAGCAAAUACUAUGCGGCGAGUCAAUUUAAGCCAAGGACCCAUCAUCACCGUGACGGCGAAUUUGCAGGCCGAUGGUGUCGUAUUACUCAUUGCUGCUCACCACGCUACAUUAGACGGCCACAGCGAAGCUAUCCUGGUAGAAGAGCUAAGCGCUGCUCUACAGAAUAAGACCCGAUCGCCAGCAGUGCCCUUUCAUCAACCUCUGCUCAAUAACACAAGCACGAGUGAAGAGUUCCCUCAUGCCUGGUCGAAACGUCUGGCAGCGUUACCACCUCUAAAGUGGGCCUCCCAUCAACAGUCCUUCCACCAAAACACAGUACCUGAAUACGCAAACAUUCCCAUUAGCAUGACGGCUUCCCGCUGGUCGGAGUGGAAGCAUCAUCUACACAGUACACUCCAGAACCCCAAUACAGACUUCCUACUAGUCCUACAUGCCUUAACCAAAGCAAUCCACGCCUUUAUAGGCCAGCCUUUCCGUAUUGGCGUCACGGACAGUGGGCGCAACGAUCCCCGCUUCGCCCUCACGCUGGGGAACUACAUGCGCCGAAGACCCGGGGUACCAAGGCCCAUUAUUGCAAGUCCUACUCGUUUGGCAGAACUUGGAGGUGCCAAACUGGGAGAUUGA